AUGCCUCCUCAGCGGAAUUCAUUUUCUGCCUACAGUCAUCCUUAUAUCCCUUAUCUUCGCAAGGGCCGCAUGGAUCGAGUUCCUCUCGGUGAACUGCCUUUUAAACAAAAGAAUGGCGAACUGCUUCGCAAGCGCGUGCGGAUUUUCAGGCCACUCCCUUCCUGCGAAGUUGAAGACAGAGAGAACAGUGGUGCCGCUCUUUACGCUGCGCAAGAAAACGUCAAAACCCUCGGCGAGAUGAUGGUUGAGCAAAUGCGACGCGAUAUUGACAGCCUCGUAGCAACACUUGCCGAAGGCCCCCCGCGACUCAGCAUGCCUCCCGUCGAUUACGACGGCUCCAGCUCCGAGCCGGAGCCCGAUGACAGCAUCCUUAAUGGCCGCGCUCGCCCAAUGCCCGCAUUAGCACAAGCAGCUGCCAUGGCUGAUCACAUCGACGCUUCUUUCAAUGGUAACCAUGCUGCCGAGGAGGAGAAUGCAGGAGUUGAUCAGCAGAGCGUUUCUGCAGAGGAAUAUGAUGACGACACCGAAGAGGAAGAGGACGACGAGGACGAUGAAGAGCAAGCCCAGGAUAUCGCUCCCCUUUUUGAUCCCGCUACUGCCGGUCUCAAGGAAAUCUCCAACCUCGCUCGCUUUACCGUCAGCAGCCACAAACCCGGCAACGGAGUUGAAGAGCUCAAAAGUGACGACCUCAAGCAGUUCUGGCAAUCUGAUGGCCCUCAGCCCCACAAGCUUACUAUGUACUUCACCAAACGUGUUGGCAUCCGCGAUAUUCGAUUCUUUGUCGACUACAAUGAAGACGAGUCAUACACGCCGACCAAGGUCGUUUUCAAGGCCGGUACUAGCGAGAACAACCUCAUCGAGUUCGCCACAAUGACCAUGGAGAACCCCGUAGGCUGGCAGCAAGUCCCCAUCGCCGGCGCCGGUGGUGAUCCCGAUGGAAAUACUCUCGUCGCCUGGGUCGUCCAGAUGCAGAUUCUCGAAAAUCAUCAGAACGGCAAAGACACCCAUCUCCGCGGCAUCAAGAUUUACUCUUUCGAUAAUGACUCCGCUCUUGGCCCUGGACGUGAAGGCAACCCCGUCGACGAUGUUGUUGGACUAAUGGACAACGCCACUGGCCGAGCUGAUGGCGGUGCCGCUCGUGCCCAACACAACAACUUUGGUGCUACCCAUUUCGAGCCUGGCGAGGGAGGCCUUUCUAUCCCCAGUUUCAUGCGCGAGGCCGAGAUUCGAUAA